UUGAAUUCCUCAAAAUGAUUUAAAUAUGUUAGAUUUGCCUUACUAUUUUGCUUUUAAAUCUAACUUGUUUAUGGAUAGCUUCAGGACCAAAACUACGUCGUUGAGGAGCUCACCGCCGAUGGCUUCAAUGGCGUCGACAUAGCCCUGUUCAGCGCCGGAGGUUCCAUCAGCAAGGAAUUCGGUCCUUUGGCUGUGGAACGCGGCUCCAUUGUAGUAGACAAUAGCUCUGCUUUUCGAAUGCACGAUGAUGUGCCGCUCGUGAUUCCGGAAGUCAAUCCGGACGCCAUGAAAGGGAUUAAGGUUGGGAGUGGAAAGGGUGCCUUGAUUGCAAACCCUAACUGCUCCACCAUUAUUUGCUUGAUGGCCGCCACGCCUCUACAUCGGCAUUCUAAGGUAAUUCGUAUGGUGGUUAGUACGUAUCAAGCUGCUAGUGGUGCUGGUGCUGCUGCCAUGAGAGAGCUUGAGCAGCAAACCCAUGAGGUCCUGGCGGGAAAGGAACCUACUUGUAAUAUAUUCCAGCGACAGUACGCGUUUAAUCUGUUUUCGCACAAUUCGUCUGUUCUUCCAAAUGGGUACAAUGAAGAGGAAAUGAAAUUAGUCAAGGAGACAAGAAAAAUAUGGAAUGAUCCAAAUAUUAAGGUGACUGCCACAUGUAUACGAGUUCCUGUGAUGCGGGCUCAUGCAGAGAGUGUGAAUUUUCAGUUUGAGAGUCCUCUUGAUGAGGAAACGGCAAGGGACAUCCUGAAGAACGCACCUGGGGUGGUGGUUAUUGAUGAUAGAGCAUCAAAUAACUUCCCUACACCACUAGAGGUAUCAAAUAAAGAUGAUGUUGCGGUUGGAAGAAUCCGUCCUGAUCUGUCCCAGGAUGGGGAUUAUGGAUUGGACAUCUUUGUGUGCGGGGAUCAAAUACGCAAGGGAGCUGCACUUAAUGUUGUUCAGAUUGCUGAGUUGCUGCUAUAGUCAAAGAAAAAAAUGAUGAACAAAGUAAUCGGGUACAGUAGUGUGAUGCUUGUUUUAAAUCCAAUUGCGUUGAUGAUUAUGAUGAGGAGUAAGAUUAUUAGAGAUCAUUCUGAUGAGGAGGAGAAGGAGAAGGAGAAGGAGUACUGUUAUGAUUAUAGAUCAUGGUGUGAUCUUCCUGAAGAUAUACUAAGCUUGAUAAUGGAGAAGCUGGAUUUCAAGGACCAAGCUCACUUCCAUGCUGUCUGCAAAAGAUGGCAACUCGUAGAAGGUAUCAAUCGAUCUCAAUGGCUUUUUUAUUGGUUUUGUUCUUCUACCACUGUGUGUAAAACUAUUCAAAAAUAUUACCUCUACAAUCUUGGCACUGAAAAAACAUAUGCGAUUCAAAACAAAGUAAAGCACAGGUGCAGCGGUCUUAGUAUUAGUAGUACUUAUGUGUAUGACUGGAAUAGCACCUGCGUAGCUGUAAAAUCAGGUUGGUUGCUACUCGUAAAAGCAUGUUGCGAAGCUUAUUAUCUGUACAAUGCAGUCACUCAAGAGGCUAUUUCUCUUCCCAGAAAAAAAAUAGUAAGAGAAUUCGGUAGAUCCAUUAAUGACUGCUUCAAUUACUUCGAAUUAAGUCUCGUCCAAGAACGACGAGGACGAGGAAAUUUCGUAGUGUAUCAGGUUGACAAACACAUCGAUUUCAAAAAUUUAAUACUCAUAAGCACGUGGCGUAGUGCUGAGAAAGGUAAGUGGAAAACUAACAAGUUUGAACUAGGUGAGGAACUGAAUCUUCUCAACGUAAAGUACGUCAAGGAAACUCUUUAUUGUGUUUUCAGUAAUGGAACAGUGCAUGGUUUCAACGAUAAUGAUAUGAGUUUGAGUGUGGUUGUGAAAUCAGAGAACAUCCCUGAAAAGUUGUACCAAGAUUUCACGAGUGGAGAGUUGAGAAUACUUGAAGCUAAAUUAGUAGCUGAUUUGGAAGCAGAAGAGGUUUUCCUAGUGUAUCCCAAUAAUAAUUGGCUCGUUUUGAGGUUAGAUUGGUCGAACAAUACGUGGGUUGAAGAAAUGAGUUUGGGCUGGAGAGUGUUGUUUUGUUUCCAUAAACAUUUUGCCAAAUCUGAUGUUUCGAUGCUCUCAAACUAUGGCAACUUCAAAGGCUACAUUUGUCAUCGUAGUGCUGCUUCACCUAACUUCGAUUGUUUUCCAUUCAUUAGAGGCUGCCAUAAUAAUCUAAAUGACCACUCUAAUGAUGGGUUCAAAAUUCGGUGGCCUCUCCACUCGCCUGAACAUCUCAUGGAAGCAUUUUGGUUUCAUCCACCUACUAUAUAGAUAAUUAAUAUUAACUAAUAUAGUUAACAUAUAUUAGUUUCAUAUUUUUGUAGUACAAUAGUACCAAAUAUUAUGUAUAACGACAUAUUAUUGCAUGGAAUAGAAAAGGCUAUUUGAGGUAUUAUAUAUA